GAAAUUUUAAUUCAAAUUGCAAAUAAUGUUGAGUCAAUAAUAACUCCCUACAUUGAAAAAAUUCGUCAAGCUGUGGUAUCUUCAAGUCCCAUAUCUGGUAUCAAUGAUCUAAAAUGAACAAUGCAAAUGGAUGUGUAUUUAUAAAUAAAAGCCUAACAGCUUACAACCAAGCUGUUCCUUGAUACAGGAAUGAUGUAUUUCGUUCUCACAAACUUUAUGAGAUGUUGGAUAAGAAACAUUGUAUCGCAAGUGUAACUGCAAUGUUGAUGUCGGAGAUGCCUGUACACAAAUCAUUGUUGGACUUUGGAUUGCGUAGCAGUGUUAGGCUACAAACAUAAACCAUCGCGAUAUUGCAUACAAAAUUUCAUAUCUAUUUUGGACAGAUAAAUAGGCGAAUGAUCUUCCUAGGAAUGGAUUCAUGCAUCCAGGUA